UCGGUGGAACAACAACGUCUCUAUCUAAGAGCGAGCCUUAACGGCAGCAAUCUGCCUAGAUUUUAUUUUUCAUUUUCAGUGAGUUUUUUUGUUCUUUAUUUUGCCUUUCCAUUGUUAUUUUUGUAUCCAGUUUGAAUAUACAAAGUAAAGUACAUCAAGCUAAAUUAUACUUUCUUUCUUGUUUGACUUUUCUCUCCGAAGCUCUUUGAAAGUUGGGUGUCCAUCAUGGCAAAUCACCUGACACUUCUUCUGGAGGGUCUGAACGAUUUGGAGUCGGAGAAGCUGGAUGAGUUCAAACUGUAUCUGAGCCAGGGGGCACUGGAGGGCAUUGAGCGCAUACCGAGAGGGAAGCUGCAGAAGGCCCUUGAUGCCUCAGCCAUUGCCCGUCUGAUGACUGAGCUGUAUGGCGGUGAACGCUCGCUGAAGAUCGCGCUUCAUAUUCUGAAAGAAAUUAAACAAAUCGAGCUUGCUGCAAGACUUGAGCAAAAGUGGGGGACACAGAGAAAUUCAGUGGGUCAGAGGAGUCAACUAGAUGCCUCUCCAAGUGAUAAACCAAAUGGAUAUGCUGCAGCUGGUUCAAGACAAGAAAAUUCUGAGAGCCGGACAAAAUAUAUGAUCGGAGAUCAGCACUUCAUCGACAAACAUCGCGUUCGGCUUAUUGACACUAUCUCCACGGUGGACCCCAUCCUGGAUCGUCUGAUGUCGAAGAAUACCAUCACCCAAGAGAACUACCGUCACAUCCGCAGCUAUCGCACCAGUACCCAGAGAAUGAGGGAGCUCUUUGACCUAGGCGGUAUCUCCACUCUAAUUGGCAAAGACUGCCUAUAUGAUGUGCUUAUGGAGCUGGAGCCCUUGGUCAUGGAGGAGCUGAAGGAUGCUGGUGUGAAGUAA